GCCGGGUCUUUACUCACUAUAUGUCCGCCUUGUGCUCCCUGUGAGCGGGCAGCGGACCCCGCCAUCUACCGGUGACAUGCUCUCCUUGACAGCUCCGCUCCUCUUGCUGCUGCUGCCCGGCUGUCUGGCUCCUGUUCCCCGCACCGUCUACUCCAACCAUUGGGCUGUACGAGUGCCCGGGGGACCCGAGAGAGCGGCUCAGCUGGCUGCCAAAUACGGCUACCUGAACAUGGGGCAGAUCGGGAAUCUUGAGAAUUACUACCAUUUUUAUCACAGCAAGACCAUUAAGCGGUCCACGUACAGCAGCCCAGGAAGGCACAACUUUCUUCAGAUGGAUCCAGAUGUCGACUGGGUACAGCAGCAGCUAAUAAAGAAGAGAGUUAAAAGGCACCUUCGGCUAGACCCUAACCUUUUGUACUUUAAUGACCCCAUCUGGUCUAACAUGUGGUAUUUGCAUUGCAGUGAUAAGAGCAGCCGCUGCAGGUCCGAAAUGAACGUAAUGGCUGCUUGGCAGAGAGGCUACACUGGUAAAAAUGUGGUUGUGAGUAUCCUGGAUGACGGCGUUGAGAAAAAUCACCCGGAUCUUAUCCACAAUUAUGAUCCAUUUGCGAGCCAUGAUGUGAAUGGGGAUGAUCAGGACCCAAGUCCAAGAUAUGAUGCCAGCAAUGAAAAUAAGCAUGGCACUCGUUGUGCUGGUGAAGUAGCAGCAUCUGCAAAUAACUCCUACUGUAUUGUAGGCAUCGCAUACAAUGCAAGGAUUGGCGGAAUCCGUAUGUUAGAUGGGGAUGUGACAGAUGUUGUUGAAGCAAAGGCGCUGGGCAUCCGACCUGACUACAUUGAUAUCUAUAGUGCAAGCUGGGGGCCCGAUGAUGACGGCAAGACUGUAGAUGGACCCGGGCCCCUGGCCAAGAAAGCGUUUGAAGAUGGCAUUAAGAAGGGUCGUAAAGGAUUGGGUUCUAUCUUUGUCUGGGCAUCUGGAAAUGGUGGUCGUGAAGGGGACUACUGCUCCUGCGAUGGCUAUACCAAUAGCAUCUAUACAAUCUCCAUCAGCAGCACCACAGAAAAUGGAUACAAACCAUGGUACUUAGAAGAAUGUGCGUCCACGCUGGCUACAACCUACAGCAGCGGUGCCUUCUAUGAGAGGAAAAUAGUUACAACGGAUCUCAGACAGAGGUGUACAGAUGAUCACACUGGGACUUCAGUCUCUGCUCCGAUGGUGGCUGGUGUUAUUGCUUUAGCAUUGGAAGCAAACCCCAUGCUCAACUGGCGAGACAUCCAGCAUAUACUUGUGAAGACCUCCCGAUCCGUCCAUCUCAGGGCCCCAGACUGGAGAAUAAAUGGAGCAGGACGUAGAGUCAGCCAUCUUUAUGGCUUUGGAUUGGUGGAUGCCGAUGCGAUGGUGGUUGAGGCGAAAAAGUGGAGGACUGUGCCACCUCAACAUGUGUGCAUUGGAGCAUCAGACAAACGACCAAGAUUUAUUAGAGCUGACCAGCUAAUACGAACGACCACUCAGACCAAUGCGUGCGCAGAUCACAGCGGGCAGCAUGUGGUAUACCUCGAACAUGUUGUGGUAAAGGUUACCAUUUCCCAUCCACGCAGAGGAGACCUGCAAAUAAAUCUUAUCUCUCCAUCGGGAACGAAGUCCCAACUUCUGGCGCGCAGGACGUUUGAUUACUCAAAUGAAGGCUUCAAGAACUGGGAGUUCAUGACUGUUCAUUGCUGGGGUGAAAAAGCUGAAGGGGAAUGGAUGCUGGAAAUGCAUGACAUUCCUUCCCAACUCCGUAAUCCUGAGACACAGGGUAAGUUGAAGGAGUGGACGCUGAUUCUGUAUGGUACAGCUGAGCAUCCAUAUAACCCCUUCAGCUUUCAUCAUGCAAGAGCCAAAGCACUGGAUUUAUCUGCUGGAGAUAUGGAGCCAUCUAAAGUGGCUUUCUUUCAAAGUCACUUGGAGUUUGAGGAAGAAGACGAGUAUUCAGGUCCAUGCCACAUGGAAUGUGGAGACAGAGGAUGCGAUGGGCCUGGUUCAGAGCAGUGUCUCAACUGUGUCCACUUUAGUCUUGGGAAUGUAAAAUCUGGCAGGAAAUGUGUGAGUGCGUGUCCAUUGGGAUACAUGGCAGAUGUUGCUAGCAGGAGAUGUAGGCGCUGCCACAGAGGAUGUGAAGCCUGCUUUGGUCGGGGACAGAAUCAGUGCAGCUCCUGCAAAAGAGGCUUCUACCUUCAACCUGAGAGCAAUACGUGUACAACAUCGUGUCCAGCGGGAGCAUAUUCUGAAGAAAGUCUCAGGAGAUGUCUCAAGUGUCACCAAAACUGUAAGAAAUGCCUUGGUUACCCCGAUAAAUGUGUGGUGUGCAGAGAUGGGUUCAGCCUUUCAGGGUCAAUGUGCGUGCCAGACUGUGAGCCAGGGACGUUCUAUAACGUGGCUUUGAUGAAAUGUGACAAGUGCCACGCAACAUGCCAGUCAUGUGUGGGAACUGGGAAAGAUCAAUGCACUCAGUGUGCCAAAGACUUUCAUCUUCAUGACUGGCGUUGCACCCCCACCUGCAGCCAUGGCUUUUAUUCUGAUGACGUGCCUGGGCUGCCACACAGAAUAUGCAGAAGGUGUGAAGAAAACUGCCUGAUCUGUGAAGCCACUGGGAAAAAUUGUAUUAAGUGCAAGGAGGGAUACAGCCUCCUCAGUGGGUCUUGUGUUACUAAUCACACCUGUAACAACGCUGACGAAAUGUUCUGUGAAAUGGUAAAGUCCAGCAAACUCUGCGAACGGAAGCUGUUUAUCCAGUUCUGCUGUCGGACUUGUAUGCUGGCAGGCUGACCUUACGAAGUGUCUUCUGCUUCCCACCAUGGUGCGACCGCUGCCAACAUAGUGUCCAGAAAAGCCACUUCGCAAUGGUGCUAUCCUGACUGUGUUAAUCCAUUUCAUACCAAGGCUGACUUGCAACAAAUGGGUUAAAAGAGGCUGUCUGCUUGACUAUAACCCCCAAUGUGUUAUAUGGUUAAACAUUGGCCACAAGCAAUGUUUCUGGAAGAGAUUUCAAGCUUUGAUUUAAUUCUCCGAGCCCAGGCUGAUAAGAAGUCAUGUAUUAGCUGCCCAGUCUUCCUGUGCCCAUCUUUUAUCUGCACAAACUUGAAGACUGAGUGACAAUAGAUAUUCCAGUAAAUUAUCAGAGGGAGCGGGCUGCAGUAUCCUUUUGGGGUGGACCUCUCCUUGUGCCAUUAUUCCCAGAAGGAGAAACCGGUGCUUUGCAUGUGAACAUUAGGGUGCUCGUAGGUUUCAGCCUGGAAGCCAGCCUUCUAUUUCUGACCAGUGUCAGGAGGCUGGACCUAUAUUACUGGUUUGGUAAGAUCACAUUCAUAGCUGCUAUCUACUUGGUCACGGUUUUGUAGGACACAUACGGAUUGACACACUACACUUUAUUUUUACACAC